GUAACACUGCUCUUUAGAAAAAAGGCUUCUUUUUUCUCGUUUGUCAGGGUAAUUUCGUGUUUAAAUUAAACACUCGACGAUGCGUUUGUGCUUUUUUUAAUUGCCAUUUGAAACUUGAUACAAAAUUAGUACAAGAAAGCGAUUUAACCAAAUAGUGUUUCGUAUGAGAGAAACUACCAAAAGCAAAAAUGACGGUGGACGGUGAUGAGAAACCUAAGCGGGAUCGUGUCUUCAUGGACAUUUCGAUCGGAGGCUUGCCCUCCGGCCGUAUAGUGUUUGAGUUGUUUAACGAUGUAGCUCCCAAAACGGCGGAGAACUUUCGGGGUCUCUGCGCAGGAGACAUGGGCGUCGGGAAGGUCACUGGGAAACCAUUAACCUAUAAGGGUAUGGUUUUUCAUAGAGUAGUAAAAGACUUCAUGAUACAAGGAGGAGACUUCACAAAUGCUAAUGGGACUGGAGGAGAGUCCAUUUACGGCGGCACUUUUGAAGAUGAAACCUUUGAGCUGCAACACGACAGACCUUACUUGCUGUCUAUGGCUAACAGGGGCAAAGACACAAAUGGUUCACAGUUCUUUAUUACAACACAGCCGGCCCCGCAUCUCGACAAUGUGCACUGUGUGUUCGGCGCGGUGGUGGGCGGCGCGACGCUGGUGCGGCAGCUGGAGGCGCUGCCCGUGGACCGCAACGCGCGCCCGCUGCAGGACGUCACCGUCUCCAACUGCGGCCAGCUCGUGCAGAUUAAACACGCUAAAAAACGCAAGCAAGACAAGGCAAAAGAAAAAGAGAGUGGUGAAGAAAGUGACCACUCUCAUAAAAAAGACAAAAAGAAGAAGAAGGAUAAGAAAAAGAAACGCCAUCAUUCCGACCGUUCGGCCGACGAGGAGCCCCCAGAAGCGCCUUCUCACCCCCUCGUGAGCACCUCCAAGAUCGACCCUCGGGAAAUACCCGAAGUGCCCACGAACAGGUUCCUGAUGAGAGGCGGCCGCGAUCAGGACAAAGAUAGGAACGAUCCCAGGAGGGACAGAGAAAGGGCGCGAUACCGUGAGCGAGAGCGCCACUCCUACACUCGUAGCGGGAGGAUCAUAAAGGGCCGAGGAGUGUUCCGUUAUCGUACUCCGUCUCGCUCCCGGUCCCGCUCGCGGUCGGCCACUCCGCCGCACUGGCGCCAAGCGCAGAGGCGGAUCAUCAAGCUGGCACACUUGGAGGUGGAUAGAGAACAACCCGAGCAAGUCAUGCAAAGACGACCCAUCGAGACCAAGCAAGAGAUUGGAGAGGGAGAGGAGGGUACUCCGGAGAGGCCGAGAGAGAAAGAAGAAGGAGAAUGUGAUACAACUGUUGACACGUCGCACCAUGAAAGAAUCGACUACAAUGCACUUGACUUCGAGGAAGACGUUGAACAUGAAGAUGAUAGAGAGCUUGCCUUCAAACGCAAGCCUGACCACAAGAGAGCUCCCCAAGAGCAGUGGGGUGGUGGAGAAAGGGCCGAAAUGUUGGCGCGAGCACUCGGCGUCAAUCCUAAGCAGAUGGAACCUCUGAACAGGAACACCAGAGAUGCGAGAGAAACCAGAGACAUUAGAGAGCAUCAUGAGAAACGUCGCGAUGGGCUCGCUUCCUCCGUUAGCUAUGCGACACCUAAACUAUCCUCCGCUAUAGCCACAGUGAGCCACGAAGAGUUUGAGCCGCAGAGAAGUGAUGAGAACAAAGGAUACGAUCCCUUUAGUCUUUUGCGUAGCCAGUUUAGUAGGAAUAAGGAUAAAGUUGGGAUUGCAUCUAGGAUUGUAAAGGAAAAAGAAAGACACGUAGAGGAAGACAGACACAAACAAAGGGGUGAAAAAAGUCACCGUCACGCCUCAUCCCAUAGGGAAGAGAAAGCCAAAAAUGAAGAAAAGCCAGAAUUUUCGAAGCGUGAUUCUGAAAAAGUUGACCGCGAAUCUAAACAAUCAGAGAGCUACAAAUAUUCAGAUCGAUCCAAAGAUAGAAGCGACAACAGAACGCCAGAAAAACCAGAAGAAAGAGGUGAAUCUAAAAAUAAACGUGAACGUUCAGAGAAGAAGACAAGAGAUGGGUCAAGAGAUAGAGACUACAGAAGUAGUGAGAAGAGAGACAAAUCAACUGAUAAGGAAUCAAGACGCUACAAAUCUAAAGAACGAAGUGAUAAGAGACUUUCGACAGAAAAAGAAGAUAGAUCGAAGCAUAGAAGCGAAAAAAGAGAACGUUCAGAUGAGAAAUACAAACGCGACAAAUCUCGUGAGAGGAGUAGCAGGAGAGAUAGAUCUAGCGAUGUAGAAGAUAAAUCUAAAGAUAAAGGUGAAACAUCAACUAGAGAUAGAGACAGCAAGAGAGAUGACAAACGGGAUAGAUCUAAAGAGAGAGACGAAAAAGAUCGAAACACAAGUAAAAAGGUUCGAGAAAGAAAGAGUAAAUGGGACAACCCGGAUGAAGAGAAAGAAGAGAAACCUAGUGACAAUGACAGAAAUGAGAAGAACAAAGGACAUUCGUCUACUAAAGAGAGAUCCAGUUCCCGUAAUCGUGAUCCCAAGAGUCAAGAAAAGACCAAUAAAGAUGAUGAUAAAAAGAAGGAGGAAGAACGUGACGAAGCUCGCAAGGAGUUGAUGGAGAUAGUGCGCCUCAUCAAGUCUAGGCAGCGCCAGAGGGAAAAUAAGGCCUCAGUGGAGGUGAAGAAGAAACAGCGCUCGUCGAGCCGGUCGUCCGACCGCGAGGACGACAAGUCUCGGAGACGCAAGUCCUCGGAUCGCGACAGACGCAGUCGCAGCAGGGGUAAUCGUUCUCGCCGCUCGCGCAGCCCGCGCUCCCGUCGCCACAGGCGAUCUUCGUCCUCCAACUAAUUAGGAGAAGAAGAUGGCAGCACAGUUGCUGGCCAUGGCAUGUAGCCACAUAGAUUCUCUUUCUACAAACGCGCUGCCGUGCUAUGACAUUACACAGUACCUACAGAUAACACCCAUAAAUGAAGUCAAUACAUACAUUAACAGCCGAUGGACGUCCACUGAUGGACAUAGACAAAACGGUCUCGAACCGCCAGCUUCCAGCGGCUCCUUUCAACCUGCUUGAUGUCCUCAGUACACAUAGUGGACUUUCCAGUGCGAGGUCGCUAUUCCAGCACCUUGGGACCCCAAUAUCCAUCGGCUCUUCGAACUAUAUCGUCAGUGACUUUGGUUUGUCUGCGGAUUUCUGAUUCGAUCUCGCAGAGAAACUCGAAGCAUAGCUGAGUGACAUUGAUGAAUACCACAGUUAGUGACCAAGUCUCGGAACCAUAAGUCAUCACUGACCAACACGCACUGUUCGAAAACUGAGGAGUUUUGGUUGUAAUAUUGUGUACACAUACUGACAUUUUAAUGAAUUCAAAAGUCUGUGAGAUGCAUAAUAGUAUACACACACUACACUAUUUCAAGUAAAUAGUACUAAGUAAAUAGUAAUAGCAAAGAACUGCGAUUUUUUAAAAGUGGAUGUUUUUAAAUCUCAGACUAAUUACAUAAGGACCUGCCUCGCUAGACGUUACUUUUUUGUCAAAGUAUAUGAUCAACGAUCUAAUGCUAUCAUAAAAACUGUCUUUAUAGUAUCGACGUUUCAUUGUUGUAAUCAUGUUCGUCGGUUAAAGAGCUCCGUAAACAUACAUUUUAUGUGUAAUUGAAUGUAAAUGUAGAUCUGAUCCAAAUCUGAGUUUGUUUUCUUUAAAAAAUGACAGACAAAUUUUGUUCAUGAAGUUGGGUGCAAUACUGGUCCUAUAUAAUAAUUGGUCUGAGUUUUAAAUACAAUUUUCAGUCAUGGUACGGCAAUUAACGCUUCGGAAAUUAAAAAAUGUAUGGGAAUGACAUAUACAAUUCAUAGAUUUAUCGAUUAUUAUUAUUAAUCGUAAUACGUUUAUCCUACUUAUAACGAAUGUUGUCCCAAUACAUUUAUUAGUUUUCGCGUCGUUAGUAUUAGAAAGAGAAUCUAUAUAUUAUUAUUAUUUUACUAGUAAAUAAGUGAUUACGCAAUUUUAAUUUUAAUUGUCAUUUGUCGGAUGAUUGGAAUCAUCGCUAUUAGUUUGUUUAAAAUGUCGAUAUAAAGAUCUGCAUUGACUAAAUACUUCUACAUUUUUAAUAAAGAAACGUGUGCGGUGGGUGUAAAUUUUAAAUAAAAUAAAUAAUGUAAUAUUGUACCUAAUCGAGUACCUAGAUAGAUAGAGUGUAGAUUUUUUCUUUCUUCUUCUUUCUUUCUUUUUCUUACCUUUAGCUUAGUAAUUAUUCUUAAACAGUUAGGACUGAGAUAUUUCUGAACAUCCUAAAUAUACCUUAAAUAACGGACCCACGCGACUGCAUCUUAGACCUUUUUAAUCCGGCCCUAUCGCAUAAUCUUAGUGGAUACCAACUAACUAUAAACUACCUCCCUGCCAAAUUUGAGCUUUGUACAUCAAACGGUUUUCGAGAUUAGAAUUUGGGGCUCCAUUAAAUGAAAAUGGUUUUCACGAUAGUGGAUCAUAACACAUACACUGAUAGUACCUAUUUUUUACAUCAUAUUCUCUUAUAACAUCAAAACAUAUAGGUACAUUAUUUUAAAAGUAACUAUGAAGUAAAGAAAUAUUAUAUAUGUUUAUAAAAUUGUGUAAGUUGUAGGAUACAGAAAAAAAAUAUCAAAUAAUUAGGGAGUCUACCCAACACGGAUAAACAUGGCAAGGGGUCUACGACACAAAACAGUUGGGGAAACUCUGGUCUGAAGUGUGGACAUCCAUCAUAAGAAUGUACGAGGUAAUUUUAUGAAAUUUUUAAAAUUGUAGUUUUGUGUGGUUUUUAUAAUAAGACAAAUAAAGAGCUCCAAUACAUUAAAAUAGUUAAACUUUAUACAUCAUGAAUGUAUAUUAUUAUAUUACUCUGUAUGAAUGUAUAUUAUUAUCUAAUAUCAAAAAGAUUUUUUCGCGCUUUUUUUUAUUAGAUUAAUUGCUUUUUAUUAUUAAUAUGCUUUUUAAUAAGCGAACUGUUUGUUAAUUAGAAGCCUUUCUAAUUAAUAAGUUAUCUAUUUUAGGAAGACGGUUCGGCUUUGGAUUUAACUGGUUGUAAGGUAUCUACAUCAGAAAUAUAUUGUUUAUAGAGGGGGGGGGGGGGUGACAUAGAAAUCCGUUUACCAAAAAGCGUUGCUUAGCAAGUACUCGCCAUUACCUAUGUUCCUUCAGUUUGACAGUUUCAUACACAAACGCGCGUCUCUGACCUUACCAUUACAACUGAGUGCCUAGUUUUCAAUGUUUUCAUACUGUGACUAUCGCGAAACCGUAAACGCGAAUUUCCAAGGAAUUGAAAGUUUUGCAGUGGUGCCACUAGAUGGCGCUGUUUCAGUUCAUUAGAAAUUCGCGUUUACCGUUACGCGAUCGUCACAGAAAACUGCCACUAGGCAUUCUGAAGUUGUACCGUCUUCCGAAUAUAGAAUAUCGGUAGAGUAUACAAAUGAAAGUACUAUUGUUAUUUUGUCUCAUCUGUUGACUGAAAGCAAUAAUAACAACGUUGGUAAGAUAAUUAUCUACGGAUGGAUUGGUUAUUUGAAAUGGUUGUAAGUCAUUCGAUUUAAUGUAAUGCAUUUGUGCGUUUGUUAUUUUAUAAGUUUUAGUCGAUAAAUAAAGUUAAUUUCGAACCA